AUCUCUGCUUCACCUCUUUUCAGCCAUCCCUGCCUCUUCUUUCUCUCUUCUUUUUUAAAAGUAUAACUCUCCGAAGAGGGUACAGAAACUGGAAAGAAAACAAAAGCAUCAGAGAUGAAGGGAGAGAAGAAAAGAGAAAUUUUAUAGAAAUAGAAGAAGAGAUCAUCUCCUGUGGAAAGUUCUGAUCUUGUUUCUGUUACGGUUGGCAAAUCUUCUCGAUCCCCAAUCAUUUCUGAAUUCUUUCAACUGUGAAAAAGAAAUCUUUCAUCGAAAUCGUAGCUGGACUCGAUUCUGUCGAACCAGAGACUCUGCAAAUGGUAACGGUUUCUCAUCCGGCUCAAGAAUCUGUUGGAGGAAUUCGGGUAUGAUGGGGUUUUGCUGUAGUGGUUUUGGAUUAAUGGGAGUGGAAGACCGGAUUUUUGUGGUGGAUUUGUUCUGUUUUUGAGCGCUAGGGUUUUGGUUUGAGUUUGUUCAGCUGAGCUCGUUGAUUAGUAAAUGAAGAGGAUUUGCAAUUUUAAUUGGACUGUGUUGGGGUAUUUUUGGGGAGGGAUUCAGAGUUGUUGGUAUGGUCGUUGUUAAUUUUGUUUGGGAGUGUAGGGAAUAAAUCUGAAAACAGGACUUUGUCGUCAUUCUUUCUCAAUGGGCAAUAAGUUGGGUAAGAGGCGGCAGGUGGUCGAUGAGAAGUACACAAGGCCGCAAGGGUUGUAUCAGCACAGGGAUGUCGAUCAUAAGAAGCUGAGGAAGCUCAUUCUUGACUCCAAGUUGGCUCCAUGUUACCCUGGGGACGAAGAUUGCACCUUGGAUCUCGAAGAAUGUCCAAUCUGUUUUUUGUAUUACCCGAGUCUGAAUCGCUCAAGAUGCUGCAUGAAAGGCAUAUGUACAGAGUGCUUUCUGCAGAUGAAGCCUCCACAUUCAACUCGUCCAACACAAUGUCCCUUUUGCAAAACCUCUAAUUAUGCUGUGGAGUAUCGUGGUAUGAGGUCAAAAGAAGAAAAGGGCAUGGAGCAAGUUGAAGAGCAGCGCGUUAUAGAAGCAAAAAUAAGGAUGAGGCAGCAGGAGCUUCAAGAGGAAGAAGAGAGAAUGCAGAGAAGACAGGAGACGAGUUCUUCCAGCAGGGUUAUAGCACCCGCAGACGUUGAAUAUCAGGAUGCAGUGGUUCCAUCAUUUCAUUUCCCUGUGGAAGGUGAUGAGAUGUCUUCUCAGGAUUCAUGUGCUGUGCCUUCAAGCAUGCAAUCUUCAUGUUCUAGGCAUAACAGGGAAGAUGAAUUUGACCUGGAUCUCGAGGAUAUAAUGGUCAUGGAAGCAAUCUGGCUUUCCAUUCAGAAAUCUUGCGGAAAAAAAAAUGUACAGGUGAAUGAUGCUCAGAGACAUCCAACUCAUAUUGCUGCUGCACCCGCAGAGCAGUUUGUCACUGGAGACCAAUAUGCUUCUCCAGCCAUGGUUCCAUUGGCUGAAGCAUCAUCUCCAUCUGGUGGUCUUGCUUGUGCAAUUGCUUCUCUUGCUGAGCGUCAGCAUAUGGAUGGCAAUCCACCCACUAAUGAUGUUGGAAAUUCUAGAGCUUUCAGCAUGCUCACAGCUUCUGGAAUGUCAUCCAGUGGAACAGAGAGAAUGGCUGAUAAUUGCCCUUCAGGCAGCUGGAUCGAUGUCUCACCGGACAGUGGAAGGGCAGUGUCAAGGGAAGAGGGAGAGUGGGGGAUAGAUCAUGAAUCAGAAAUUGCCGAGGCAGGGACUAGCUAUGCCAGCUCUGAUGCUACAGUGGAUGCCGGAGGAGGUGGAUCUUCUCUCCAGGAUGGUAUGGAUGGCCGGUUUCAGCCUAACAUGACAGGGGCUGUCAUGCCUGAGAGUUUUGAUGAGCAGAUGAUGCUGGCAAUGGCUGUUUCACUAGCAGAAGCUCGAGCAAGAACCACUCAGGGAGUGGCAUGGUUUUAGCUGGUGAAGUUACACAUUGGUGGCUUUCUUACCCCCUUAUACUACCCCUGCCCUUUCAAUUUCUCCCCAUUCUAUCAGAGGCUUUAGCAAGAUCAAGUGCUCAAGGGGUCAAAUUGCUUUAGCUCAAGUUACCAUUCAUUUGCUCUCUCUUCCUGUUCCUGUUGGUGCUACGUAUAUAGAUGUAAAAAUGGAAGGUUACUCAAUGUGGGUUUCUUAGGCGCAUGAAUCAGAAUCAUGUAAUAGUUCAUUUCACCCCCAAACUCCCCCCCCCCUCCCCAAAAAAAAAAAAAAAAAGCCACUCCUUUCCCCCAAAGAAUUGGUAAAAGAGAAAUCCGAAACUGAGAUGAGUGUGAACUAAUCAACAGACAGUUGAGAGGAUUUUUUUUUUUUUGGGGGGGGGGCGGCGGGAUUGUGGAGGGGUUGGUAAGAACAGUAAGAGGAUCUUAAGAACAUGCUGGGCUGAAAAGAAAAAAUAUGAAAUGCUGUUAUAGAGUGAUAGGAGUAAUAUAAAGGUGUACAAGGGCAACCAGUUUCAUUUGUGAGCAUCGUUCUUGCUUUGAUGCUAGGGUGGCAGUAAUCUAUUAUGCAGGUCACUACAUUGGUUUUAUUGCCAUUCUUCUGUCUCUCAACUACUUGGCAAGAGGUUCUCUAGGAGAACACUGCUUAGGAUAAUCUCUUGGUGGGUUGUUAUUUCUGCCUCGUGGAUGGUUGAUGAGGGCAAUCCAAUUUUUGGAUGAAGAACCACUAGGAUUAAGCUGCAACUACUGAACAACAUUUGAAGGAUAUUGUGGAUUUUUCGUGUAUCAAAUUUCAAAGAUAAAUUUGAUCAGAUGCUUUCCAUGUAUUGAACAUUUGUCUUUUAUUUCCCUCAGCUGUUGAAUUCUUGAGUAAUAUUGAUGUGUGGAUUUUAUACUUUUCUACAAAGGACAGAGAAUUAAACUUGA